AUGUCCGCAUACCCCUAUGGGCAAUGGAAUGACGAAAGAAAGAGGGCCGCACCCCCGGCUCUGACCGAGGUUGUCAUCCUUGAGCCCCAACCUACGGCCACUUGCUUGCUGCCACUGCUGUGUACCUGGCGAAGUCACCAUCACGAACGAAAAGAAAGGAUGUGUUAUUUUGACCACAUUCGAUGGAGCUGCGGUUACUGGAAAUGGGGUAACUUCCGGCAGCAAUGCACCAAGGAGUACCGGACGGGGGAAACGUGCGGACUGAAACUCGUCUACGACACCGACUAUCUGCCCAACCAGUGCCGAAUCUGCGAUAACGUCCAUAAAAAAACGCGCCGUUACUACAAAAUGGCGGCUGACGUCGAGCGCUGGCGUCACGAGGGGGGCCGAACAGCAACUAUCGAGAAGACCGAGGACGACAUGGACGAGCUGUCAAGACAGAUUGCCAACCUCAACGCGGAGCAUGCUACGAGAGUGAGUAGUGUGUCGUAG